AUGAUUUCUGGGGAAUAUCUAGAAAAGGUUGCUGUCAAGAUAAUUGACAAGACGAAGACCGACGCAGCUGCUCGGCGCCUUAUCUUCAGGGAGGUGGCGGUGCUCGACAGGCUUCACCACCCAAACAUUAUCCGGCUCUACGAGGCAAGUGAUCGAGUCGCUGACGCGACUGAACAUCGUGAUGGACAUGAGCACAACAUAGUUCACCGUGACAUCAAGGCGGAGAACGUCUUCUUCUCUAUGCGUUCGCCGAUUGUCGAUCCAGAGGGGGGUCAGACCAACCACCGCUUGGUUUCUGGAAGGUAUCCGUGGGAGUGCGGAAGCAGCUACUCCACUUCGUCAACUUCGACGACACGCCGUCAAGGUCAUCGGAGCGACACUAUCUCCAAGUCCAGUAGAGCAUCUUCGGGGGAAUCCCAACACGCCGAGUCCAAUCAGUCGCUGCUGUAUUCUCCCAACUUUUACCGAGUUAAAAUCGGUGAUUUUGGGUUCAGUAAGACAAUCAACAACUCUGACCAGCAACUAACAACAUUCUGCGGUUCCCCACCGUAUGCCGCACCCGAGCUCUUCAACUCCUCAUCGUACCUGGGUCCGCCGGUGGACAUGUGGGCCAUGGGGGUGCUGCUCUACUACAUGCUGGUGGGGUGUCUGCCCUUCCGCGGUCGCACGGUCACCCAGCUGCGCAAGGCCAUUCUGGAGGGGACCGCGGGAGGGGGUCUGGUGCACGUGCCCCCUCGCGUCUCGCAAGGCGCCGCCGCCCUCAUCCGCAAACUGCUCUCGCGCAACCCCAAGACCCGUCCGAGGGCCGCCAAACUCAUAGAGGAGGCCACGCGAGUCGCGUCGCCCCUUCGACCCCUCUCGGUCGAUCGUCUGGUGGCGACGGGGGGCAAUUACUGCUGGCGACGCACUCAGCCCUGGCUGGCCAAACAAGUGUUCCCAGCUGAAUACCCCAGAUUCAGCAUGCAGCCCGGCUCCCUGGACGCGUGCUCAGCCCUCGCCGACGCCAGCAAAAGGGCUUCCCGAAUCCUCCUAAGCCCCUCCUUGAUGCCCGCUGGCAAGAGGCCUGAGGUGGCUCACGAGACCUCCCUGUCAACACGGACGUCGGCGUCUGGUCAUCUGGACGUGAAUCCCGGGGUCGCAAUCACCAACGCCAAGUCGACUACUGACCUCAACGAACGCGUCAACACGAGGAUGAUGAGUGCGUCGGAGGACGUGAUUGCCCAGUCAGAGGUCGAGGCGGCCAGGCUGCUUCUCCAGCUCGGCAUCGCCUCAGAUCGUCUCGGUGACCAUAGAAACAGCGACGCCCGAAGUUCCAUCACCGGCGCCUACCGCAUCAUGCUGCACCAGCUGCAAAGAUUUCUCAAAGCACGCUUGAAUAAUAAGAAUUUAGUUGAAAUAACCCCGUCUUUCCUUUUUUGCAAGAUGUCGGAGAUUGAGCAAUCUUCCGCCGUUCCAAGACGACGGCACCGAGUCGGGAAUCAGCACGGAAACUCCAGCCAGCCAGGGAACGUCGUCAAAGCCACGAAUGAAGAAGUCGCCCUCUGA